CACCACAACACAAAUAUCUGGGUUCACCGCUUCUAAAGUAUACAUUUCCCCUCAGCGUCAAAUGAACACGAGUCCAUCUGCUUUAUCAGAACUAUUUAUUUGAUACAAACAUCCACAAUAAAAACCUGACCUACACAACAAACAGAGCAGCUUAUUGAGAGACUAUGGAGAGCUCAUUAAUAUUUUUACUGGCAGCUACUUUCUUCUGUUCUGUUCAAACAGGUGUGUUCACUUGUGAACCACGGCAAUAUCAGUGUGGCAAUGGAAAGUGUAUCACAUCAAGAUGGGUAUGUGAUGAAACUGAUGACUGUGGUGACGGCACUGAUGAACUUCCUGCUGCCUGCUUGGCCAAGACCUGCAGACCCAGUGAAUUCAGCUGUGGUGGGCGACUAAACCAGUGUGUGCCAAAGAGCUGGAAGUGUGAUGGCAAAGCAGACUGUGAGAACGGUGCAGAUGAGGAAGGCUGUGCUCCUCGGCAGUGUCGGGAUGGCGAGUUCAGCUGCAGCAACAGCCAGUGUGUGAGUGCCGCGUUUGUGUGUGAUGAUGAGAGAGACUGCGAUGACGGCAGUGAUGAAGUUUCCUGUCCACCCACCAUGUGUAGCUCCAGCUCUUUCAGGUGCAACAACUCACAGUGUGUGCCUCGACUGUGGGUCUGUGAUGGUGAUGCCGACUGUGCCGAUGGCUCAGACGAAUUGCCUCAGAAAUGCGGUCCAGGGACGCCUAAACCUACCAAAAACCCCUGCUCCUCUAUGGAAUUCCAUUGCGGCAGUGGGGAAUGCAUACACAGUAGCUGGAAAUGUGACGGGGGAGAAGAUUGCUUGGAUCACUCAGAUGAGAAAAACUGCUCCUUGCCCACAUGCCGACCGGAUGAGUUCCAAUGUGGUGACGGAUCUUGCAUCCACGGCAGCCGGCAGUGCAACCACGUAUAUGACUGCAGAGAUUUCAGUGAUGAACUGGGUUGUGUUAAUGCAACCCAUUGUGAGCCACCACACAGGUUUAAGUGCCGCAGUGGUGAAUGCAUCAGCAUGGAAAAAGUUUGCAACAAGCAACGGGACUGUAGGGAUUGGUCCGACGAGCCAUUACGGGAAUGUGAUUCUAACGAGUGUGUUUACAAAAACGGGGGUUGCUCUCAUAUCUGUAAUGACCUGAAGAUUGGUUACGAGUGCCUGUGUCCCACUGGCUUCCGAUUGGUGGAUAAGAGACGCUGUGAAGACAUUAAUGAGUGCGCCAACCCAGACACCUGCAGCCAAAUAUGCGUCAACCAGAUAGGAAGUUACAAGUGUGAGUGUGAAGAUGGCUACCAGAUGGACCCAUCCAGCAAGGCUUGCAAAGCUAUUGGAACCAUCGCCUACCUAUUUUUCACCAAUCGCCAUGAAGUAAGGAAGAUGACUCUGGAUCGUAGCGAAUAUACACGUGUCAUUCCCAGCCUAAAGAACACUGUGGCACUGGAUAUGAAUGUUGCUUCCAGGGAGAUCUACUGGUCAGAUUUAUCCCUCAAAAAGAUAUACAGAGCACCAAUGGAUACAGCAGAUAACUCCUCCCAACACAGUGUUGUGAUUGGCAGGGAUUUACAUGCACCUGAAGGUAUCGCUGUCGACUGGAUCCACGGAAACAUCUACUGGACGGACAGUAUCAAAAAGACCAUCUCUGUAGCAACAGCGGACGGAAGUAGACGCAAAACUCUCUUCAAAGAAAACCUGGCCAAGCCGCGUGCUAUUGUUGUCGAUCCUAUUAAGAACUUCAUGUUCUGGUCUGAUUGGGGCACACCAGCUAAGAUCGAGAGAGGUGGUCUUAAUGGAGGGGACCGUCAUGCCCUAGUUACAGAUAACAUUAUCUGGCCCAACGGAAUAACCCUUGACCUUUUGAACCGGCGUCUGUACUGGGUCGACUCCAAACUACACACUCUCUCCAGCAUCAGCAUGCAGGGAGAUGGUCGGCGUACUCUGAUCAUUGACCAGGGCAAGCUUGCCCACCCUGUGGGUCUCACUGUCUUUGAGGAGAAAGUGUUUUGGACUGAUGUGAGCAAUAACGCAAUUCUAAGCGCAAAUCGUGUGACUGGAAAAGACAUCACAAAAGUGGCCGAACACCUCUCAUCCCCAGAGGACAUUGUCUUGUACCACAACCUCAAGCAACCAAGUGGAAUCAACUGGUGCAGGGUCAACAAUGGUGGCUGUGAUUUCCUGUGCCUGGCUGCCCCUCAAAUCAAUAGAUUCUCACCCAAGUACACUUGUGCCUGCCCAGACAACAUGAUGUUGGCCAGAGACAUGCGAAAAUGUGUUCAAGCUGUAGUCACACCAGCACCUCCUGCCAGGCCCGAAAUAGUUACAACUAGUCGUCCUCAAGUACCUUCAAAGACAACACCAAAACCUGCUGGCCCUUCCACUACCAAUGUGCAACCUUCAUCUACUCCUGCUCCUGUGAUCCCUAACCAUCCCACUCAAGCUGCCCCUAUCAAGCCUUCCCAAACCACAAUUAAACUUCCUUUAUCCACCCAGACAGAUGACCACAACAGUAUUGUUAAAGCUGUGUCUGAACCAUCAUCUUCCACACCGUUGGCCUUGUAUAUUUUGCUUCCUCUUGCAAUCCUAUGUUUGGUUGUGGGUGGUGCUGUGCUGUUCUGGAGAAAAUGGCAUCAGAAAAAUACUAAGAGCAUCCACUUUGACAACCCAGUUUAUCAAAAGACUACAGAGGACCAGGUGCAUCUUUGCAGAAACGGCAGUUCAGAUGGCUAUUUUUACCCACAGAGACAGAGUAUAAAUUAUGAAAUAUGAUGACAUUGAGGUCCAUGCCAAAACAGACAACGUUUCCAUAUUUGAAGUCUUCCGUGCUUGGAGGUCAGUUCUAGAGUAAAACAACAUCUGGGAAACAGUGGAGAUACAAACCUCCUUUUUACACAAGGCAUUUGAUGCAAAAAACAAUCCAGAGCUGACGGUUGACGCGAGACAAAGAAUAAAAAAAUCC